AUGACACCGAAAGCAAAGAAUACUAGUGUCAAGAUAGAAACGAAUGAUAGUGAGCUUGAGCCCAAUGAAGAUGUUAAAGAGUCAUUGAGGCUAAUUGAAGACUUGAAGUUCUUUUUGGCAACGGCACCAGCCAACUGGCAAGAAAACCAAGUGAUUAGACGGUACUACCUUAAUCAUGACGAAGGAUUUGUGAGUUGUAUAUUUUGGAAUAACCUUUAUUUCAUAACUGGGACAGACAUUGUCCGGUGCAUUGUGUACAAGUUCCAACAUUUUGGAAGAAAGAUAACCGACAGAAAGAAGUUCGAAGAAGGUAUCUUCUCAGACUUGAGAAACUUGAAAUGUGGAGUUGAUGCUGUUUUGGAGUCGCCUAAGUCUGAGUUUUUGGAGUUUUUAUAUAAGAAUUCAUGUUUAAGGACUCAGAAGAAACAGAAAGUCUUCUUCUGGUUUAAUGUUCCUCAUGAUAAGCUUAUGGCCGAUGCCUUAGAAAGAGAUAUAAAGAAAGAAAAAAUGGGCCAGAAUCCAACCACAGAAGCCCAUAAAGAACCUGCUUUGUCAUUCAAGUACGACGAGGAUAAGUUUUUAUUUACUCAACUCACGGAGCAUAUAGAACUUCAAAAGAGUCUCAACGAAUCUGCAGGUGAUAGUACUUCUACUGCUGAAGAUAAUUCCUUUGAGUACUCAGGUACGGAUGUGGACAAAGAUGACUUUGGGUUCCUUAACCAAGACACCCCAGCACAAUACAGAGCACAAUCAGAUUAUGAAGAUGAUUUUCCGCUCGAUUAUUUUCAUCCUAAUGACGAUACCUACAAAGAUAAUGAUUAUAUAAAACUAGAUAUAAAUCCCCGUCUGCAGUUUGCAAAUACGAUUGAGGAGAACCAUGAUGGCUUAUUUGAACCUCUACCUUCUUCGUAUGUCAUUCCAACACCAUCGGCCAAUCAAUUGGUUCAUACUGAUGAAUAUUUGAUUGAACAAACACAACCAUUAAAGACCCCCAUCCCUCCACUAUCUUCUACCGGGUAUUUACCAAAAUCUGCUAAAUUUCUGACUACACGAGUACCAUCAUCUAAUGAUGAAUUUUUUCCGCAAACUUAUCAACUACCAUCGUUUUCAACUAAAUUUCAGACACCCUUACCAAGACCCAUGCCAAGUCUGUUUUACAAUGAUUCAAUAAUUAUACCUCAACCUCAACACCUGAGUGGUGUGUAUCAUCCUGAUUAUAAUUAUAUGCAUCCCGAACCUGAGUAUUGGCCAAACCCUAUUUAUGAACAAGUGAUGCCAUAUCAUAAUCAACAACCUGGCUAUAUGUUCCAGAACGAUGAAGUUAAUGACCCUUAUCAAGCAAUGAACCCGGCUAUGAUAAACGUAGUCCCCUCCAACAUCAAUUCACGCUCAAUGAAUCCGGCAAAUUUUGCCUCAGCAUCUUCAAGACAACUAGCAAUUUCCGCAAAUAUGAUGAAGAAGAAAUCACAAAUGUAUCAACAACAGCAACGUGAUAUGCCUACCAGAUUGUCUAAUAAUCCCAUAUCAAAGUCGUCCGAAAAACGUAAGAUCAAUACUGAUCUGCAUUUAAAGAAUAUUAUGUCGUCCAAGUCAACGAGAGUAGUUAAUUUUAAAAAAGAUGUUGAAGACAAAGGGUCUGAUAAUGAAAACUUUAUACCAACUCCCGAGUCAUCCAUCACGCAUUCAGAACAAAGCCAAGCUAGUCAGAAUGCAAAUGAAAACUAG